UCGAGUUAUUCUUUGAACCACAUAAAUAGAAAGCUGGUGCUGGAAUCUAAAGUGUCUAUCAACACUAGAAUUGUGGUGGUUGGUGCAUCUGAUGUCGGAAUCUCUUUUCUGGAAACACUGAUUUUUUGGCCACGUCUGAAGUUCAACAACCUGACCUUGGUUUCCAUUCAUGGCCUUCCAGGAAAAGACCCACCAGGCUCCAAGCAUAGAAGAUUUUUAAUUAACAGCCACUGUUUUAAUGAUGAAGAUUAUGCACAGAUGUCACUUUGUUCCUGGGUUAACGUUGUGGUUGGUAAAAUGACUGGCAUAAAUCGCGCUGCCAAAUACGUGGUUGUUUCCAAGGAGAAGAAAAUACCGUAUGACUACCUGGUUCUCUGCACGGGACAGAAGUACCAGGCCCUGGCUCCCACUGGAGCGGAUAUCAGUAAGCUGCCGACUAAUAGAGAAGUCAUGAAUAAGUGGCCACAGAGAUACACAGGGAGAAUCCCUUCCAAUCACUUCACUCUCAACAAUGACCAGGACUGCUUGCAGGCAACACAGUGGCUGAAGGAAAACUUUGUCCACUCCAAAGGGAACGUCAUUGUCUAUGGGAAUACAAUUGACAUUUACACCACGGUAGAAACCCUCUUAUCUCUUGGAAUCGAUGGUUCUCGCAUCCAUCUCGUACAGCCUCCGCUCAGCUUGGAUGUUACUUGCCUCAACAACGCCAACCUGGAAAAAGCUGUGUGGGAGGCACUGUCACAGGCUGGUGUGUCCGUGCAUUGUGACAGCAUCCUGGCACAAUGGGGUGAAGGCAAUGACCCAGACCUGAUCACCUAUGCUGCCUUCACUACUGGCACAAACCCGUUUAAAUUGCAGUGCUCAGCAUUUUUUAGCUUUGCCUACAGGGAGGUGGAUUAUGAAACCUUUAAGGCAAUCAAUGAUGCUGGUCUUGUUUUCGAUGGAAGACUCGUGAUUGAUGCCAAAUUCCACACCAAUGAUGUCAGCAUCAGGGCUGCAGGUCCUCUAACAAAGUUCUCCAGGAGAUAUUAUAGAGAUGAAUGUACACACAGCAACUUCAGCUCCAAAGAGAUUGGCUUUGAGCUUGCUGCAUCCAUGCUGAAUCUCUUUGAUCCAACCUCUCUGCCCAGCGCUGAGCCACCAGAAGGUCCAGACAGACUCAUCCCCAUGUACAAAGGGUGUAAAGUUAAAGGAGGUGUUCUCCCUGGAGGUUAUAAUUACUUGCACAUUUCCAAACCAGCAAUCCCCAUUUGCUUGGAUGUAGAACUUGCCCUGUGUGACCAUGGCAUGGAGAUUAUAACUGGAGAGGCAAGAAAUGGGAAUUACUUCAGGAUGCAUUUCAACAAAUACAGUAUGGUGGACAGUAUCACCUGCUUCUCCAAGGAACCCCUUCCUGUCUCCAACUAUGUCUGCUUGUACCAACAGCAUGAGCGUCUGCUUAAUGACCUGUAUUAUCGCUGGAGGAAUGGGCAAGUGACAGACCUUUACAGCUACUUCAGGGAACCUUGGGCCAUGGCCAUCUAUCAUGAUCGGUUUAUUGAUCUCCAGAAGGAACUGCGCCAAAUCCUGAUGUCGGAACAG